UGUGUGUGUGAGAGAGAGAGAAAGUGUGUGUGAGAGAGAGUGGGAUACAAAGGGAUAAAGUGAAGGGUAUAAAAACUUGACAAAGAAUAUGAGAAGUUGAGAACAAAACACAGUUUUGAACUUUUUCCUUUAUACUUAACUUUUGAAGAUUUUCUGCGCAAAUUAGCAAAAACCCAUCAAACUCUGAGCAUUUGGGGCUUUGAGUUUCAGCUUCUUCAUUGGGCCAAUGGGAUUAUUUGGAGGCAAAAGACAGAUAACAUAAAAUAAUUUUAGGUGGGGAUUUAAGGGGGAGGCUGAUAAAUAUUUUCAUUGAGAAUUUGAGAAAAUAAUGUCUGUGAAGAACAGAGGUGGUGAGCAGGUUUCGAAGAGUUUGGUGUCACACAAAUGGACCCUUUUCCUUUGCCUUGCGAGUUUCUCAGUUGGGAUGUUCUUUACAGACAGAAUAUGGAUCGUGCCCGAAGGAAAAGGUCUCGCAAGAACAACUGCGUUCGAAGCUGAGAGAUUAAAGCUAGUUUCGGAAGGUUGCGAUACGAAAUUCGAUGUAACCAAGACUCAGAACCCUUUACAGACACUUGACAAGACCAUUUCGAACCUUGAGAUGGAAUUAGCCGCAGCAAAGGCAGCACAAGAGUCGAUUUUGAGUGGGGCCCCCACAUCCGAAGCUACUGAAUCUUUAGGAAGGCGAAAAUAUUUCAUGGUAAUUGGAAUAAACACUGCAUUUAGCAGCCGUAAAAGGAGAGACUCGGUUCGUGCCACAUGGAUGCCACAAGGAGAAAAACGGAAAAAGCUCGAGAUGGAGAAAGGAAUUGUUGUUCGUUUUGUCAUUGGCCAUAGUGCAACAUUAGGAGGUAUACUGGAUAGAGCUAUUGAAGCUGAAGAUAAAAAACAUGGGGACAUUAUGAGAUUGGAUCAUGUGGAGGGUUAUCUCGAGUUGUCUGCCAAAACAAGGACUUAUUUCGCAACUGCUGUGUCUUCAUGGGAUGCAGAGUACUAUGUCAAAGUCGAUGAUGAUGUCCAUGUAAAUAUAGCAACACUUGGAGAAACAUUAGCAAGACACCGUAAAAGCCCUCGUGUGUACAUAGGAUGUAUGAAAUCUGGUCCGGUUCUUUCUCAAAGGGGAGUUAGAUACCACGAACCCGAAUUCUGGAAAUUUGGCGAGCCCGGUAACAAAUAUUUCCGCCAUGCCACAGGACAGUUGUAUGCCAUCUCGAAAGACUUGGCUUCUUAUAUCUCAGUAAACCAGCAUAUGCUGCACAAGUAUGCUAAUGAGGAUGUCUCGCUUGGAUCUUGGUUUAUCGGGCUUGACGUUCGACACAUAGACAAUCGAAGAUUGUGUUGCGGGACCCCACCCGAUUGUGAGUGGAAAGCUCAGGCAGGCAACAUAUGUGUUGCCUCGUUCGAUUGGACGUGUAGUGGGAUAUGCAGAUCAGCCGAUAGGAUUAAAGAGGUCCAUCGACGGUGUGGUGAAAACGAGGAUGCGGUUUGGAAGGUUGAUAUAUACAACAUAUCGAGUAGAGAAGGAUGGGGAAAGGGGGAGACUUUUCAUACAUACUUAUUACUUCUCAUUUUUAGUGGAGAGGUUAAGCUGCUAAUGCCAGUCAAGAAGAAGGGCAAGCCUUUUGAAGCUACAUUUUUUGGAGAGUUUGUGGCACAAAAUGGUGGGAUCAAUGGGUCCUGU